CAACCGGGUCAGUCUCAGAUUGAGUCACGAGCGUGUGUUGUUGACAGAAGCUCGCCGUUUUCUCUUUAAUUUCCUUUCUCCUUAAGUGUCGCAAUGAUGUAGAUAAAGAAGAUAUUCGUGAUCCCUCCAUGACACGUGUGACCGGCCUCCGUCCCUGCGGGAUUCGGCGUGAAGACUGUGAGGACGUGAUCAACUGAAAGUAGGGGGAAGGAUGUGGCAGAGUGUUGGUUUGACCAUGUUGGUGAUUGUGGCCACGCUGAUAUGUGUCCUCCUCUUCAUGCUCUUCGGGUGGUAUGUGGUGUGGCAGCUCUUCCUGUCGAAGUUUAAGUUCCUGCGGGAGUUGGUGGGUGACACCGGUUCGCCGCAGGCUGAAACCGAGCCCUCCGUGUCAGAGAGCGAAUGCAGCUCACCCCUGACGCCCCGCCACCGACCCAAGACCCCUCGUCAAAGGAUCAUCCCUCCAGACAGCACUACAUAGAGCCCUGAAACAAGAUUUCCUAAUUUCUCCUCUUCUCAAUAACCGUUUUCCAUAUUUAGGCUGGAUGUGAGGUCAUUUCCUGUGACCUACGCCCUGCUCAUGUGUUACAGACCUGCAUUAAUCACUGUGCUCUCCUCCGCAUCCACUCAGUUGUCACGGUUAAACUGGUUCUCAUCGCCUCCCCUCUGUUCUGCUAUCUUACUGAGCUCGGAAACCCAUUAAGAAGUCACUUAACGUCAAGGUGUGGUGUGUGAACUGAACAAACAUGUAGCUCAGCCAAAAGAUUGCGUCCCGAAUAACACGCUGCUAACCCCGGCCUGUGUAACUGAGAUGUGUAAAUGUAUUUGCGUGAGAGCGUCACGUUUUUGUAUGUUACUGUUAACUUUAAGUGAUCUUUUAAAAUCUAAUGAAUUAAUCAAACUAAAUCUGAUUUACAGCUGACAACCAAACGUCUAGCAUUUCUGUGGGCAAAUAUCACUACUAUUCAAACUGACAGUUUAACCAAUAAGUGCAAAGAAAACUUUAUUUUUCCCUAAGAAGUGAAAAUGUCACAAUAAACAAACAUUUUAACAGGGCAGCACACCCUUAUGACGUUAAAAAAAGAGGAGGAUGAUGAUGUUAUAAAAUUUCCAUUGCAGUUCUGGCUUUCUCAUGGCAUAGUGCUUUAUGAAGGCCAUCAUUGAUUGCCUCCCUCCCUUGUGCCUCUGGCUAGGAUUGAAGUCGCCCACAUUUUAACCAAUCUCUAAUACGCCUGUUAUUGUCAGCUUUAUAAAAGUGAUAGAGCUAGAAAUGUCACAGACCGACCCUGCCUGAGAUCUGCCUGUUUGCAUCCACAGCUGUUAAUAUAUAUUAGUUUGUCAAGUUCUAAAGAAAUGCAGUUGUCAGAACUGUAGACGGUCAGAUUUCCAUGUUACGUUAAAUGUAUUAUUUUUUUUGUCCUUUUAUGAUAAUAGAUGUUUUCCCUUCACAAUAAAUAUAUUUUGUGAACAA